AUGACAAAUUUAUCAACAUCAUCAAAUGAUAAUAUUUACCAAGAAGAACAUCAAAUAAUAAAUACAUCAACCGAUGAAUUAAGUUCAUCACCAAGUAAAGAAACAAAUAAUAAUUUAAUAUCACCACCAUUUAAUAGUAAAUUCUUUAAGAGUAUAAAUGAAAAUACAAAUCAAACACCAAAAUUCACUCAUUUAGAAAAUAAAAGUGAUACCACACCUAAUAAUAAUAAUAAUAGCGCUAGUAAAAAUAAAAAUAAAAGAAAUUCAUAUAAUAGUUAUAAAUCAUUUGAAGAUGAAGAUUUAUUUAGAGAAGGUGGUCAAUCAAUUAAUGGCGCGAGUGAUGGUAGUUCAAGCCCACCAAUUAAAAUAAAAUUACAAGAUACACAUUAUGAAUUAAUUCAAAAUGGUAAUCAAUCAAUUAAUGAAAAUAAUAAUGGCGGUGGUAAUGGUAAUGGUAAUAGUGUUCCAAAAUUCUUAAAUUUUGAAGAGAUUGUAAAUAACGAAAAUAAUAAUAUCAUAAAAAAUAGUUUAAAAGGAAGUGGUGGUGGUGGUAUUGGUCGUAUGGGAUUAUUAUCAACUUCAUCAAGUUCAUUUGUAGAAAAGGUUACAGCAAAAGAAAGAUUCCGAUAUUUUAUAAACUUUGUAAUACAUCAAAUUAAAACCAGUACUUGGUUAACUUGGGUGAAAUUAUUUGUUUUAGUAUGUAUUAUAACUUUAUUUAUGUUGGCAAUUUUCAAAUUUAAAAUUCAAAGUCAUUUAUCUGCUCUUCAAGAAUUUGUUGGUAAAUUUGGUAUUGUUUUAGGAGGUUUACUUUAUGUUGGUAUAUUUAUGUUAUUAAUUAUAUUUUUAAUACCAGUUACAAUUCCAACAAUUAUUGGUGGUAUGACCUUUGGAAUAGGAUUUGGUAUAUUAUUUGUAUGGACUGCAUCAAUUUUAGGUGGAGUAGUAGCAUUUUUCUUGGGUAGAUAUGUACUUAGAAAAAGAAUUUCAAAAAGAAUUGAAAAGAAUAGAAAAUUGGUAGCAGUUGAUCAAGCGAUUGGACAAGAAGGUUGGAAGAUUGUAUUAUUACUUAGAUUAACACCAAUUGUGCCAGAGAGUAUUCUAAAUUAUACAUUAUCAGUGACCAAAGUAAACUUUUGGCAUUAUUUAAUUUGCAGUGGCAUUGGUAUGAUACCAGGUUGUUCAUUCUUUGUAUAUGUUGGUUCAUCUCUUAGAACGUUAUCAGAUGUUGGUAAUGGAGAAUCUCCAAUGGAAAAAGGAAAAAUUAUAAUGUAUGUUAUAUCUGGUGUACUAAUGGUUGUUUCAAUCACUUUUAUCACUAUCAUUGUAAAAAGAGCUGUAAAUAAAAAAUUAGAAGCCGAUGAUCAAAAAGGUUUAUUAGAUGAAGAAGAACGAUUAAUGAAUGAACAAGAUGAUUUAAUAAGUGGUAAUGAUUAUUUAUAA